CGCAGUCAAACGUAAAUAUUUUUGUGUUCAGCUUCAGUUACAAUAAAUCGUAUCGGGUAAAAUAUUUAACAAGACGUGAAAUAUUCAUCAUUUUAUUUAUGUGGAACUGAUUAACCGCCGGACGAGUAGUGUUCACAAAACAUGCCGUGCAUUGUGCCGAACUGCAACCCGAAUGAGCAGUGCUUCGCACUGCAUUUCCCGCGAAGCUACCUUCUGACUCAACGCUGGAAACAAGCGAUCGAAGUGGGCUCUGGAGUGCCCCUGGCGGAUGAUGUGGAUUUUUUGACGGCGGAAGUUUGUCAGCAGCAUUUCAGGAAGUUCGACAAUUACAGCGAGCCGGUCAUAUUCAGCAAAGAUGCCUCAUCCAGUUGCUGCGCAGAAACCCGCCUAUCCAGUUGUGGAUUAUGUUUGACGUUUGUUCUCGACAAAGAAGUCGUAUCCAACUGGGAGGAGCUUACGUUGAAAGGCAUUAAGAUUGUAGAGCUGCUGCAAUUGGUAUGCAAAACAGGUCCACAGCUUUCUAACGAUUAUUUUGACGGAGUAUGUCUACAAUGCUUAGUUCGGUUGGAUCUAGUGGCAACGAUUAGUAGUGAGUUUUCCGGAAAUGUAGAUAUUUCUAGUAGAAUCGAAAGCUUUGCCGAAGCAGAGAAGCAGAAAUGGUUCAAGAGUACUACGGCUGGUGGGCCGAUGCGAAAUGGCAAAACGCAGUUACCAUUCAAAACAAUAACGCUCGAGGUAGAGUUGUUGGACUGUGAAAAUUUGAAUGCUGAAGGCGAAACAAUUGUAAAUGAAGAAAUAUUUGACACAUCUGUCUCACUGGAAAAUCCUAAUGCUUCAGAACAAAACAUAUCGGUAAACUUGGGGCCUUCCGAAAAUGAUACAUUAGAAGAAUCCACUGUUUCCUCACGGAAUGUAACUCAUUUAAAAAAGGCUAUAAAACCGACUACUUCCCGAGGACAUAUUCCAAAACGUCAAGCAGUACAAAGUGUCAAAAAGCCAAGAAAGCCUUACUGUCGCAAGGAUCCAAGUAAAAAACAGAAAGAAAAAAUAUACUUGAGAAAGUUGAACAAUCAAAAGUGCUAUAUUUGCAUCAAAGUUUUCGAAUCUGUUGCAGAUUUACAAGCUCAUCUCAUUGAUCACGAUAGUGAGCUAUUGGUUUGUAACGAAUGCAAUGAAACUUGUUCCAGUCUAAUUACCUACAAUAGACAUCUCGCGAAGCAUGACAGCAAUGAACGACCAUUCAAGUGCAAGCACUGUUAUCGAAGAUUCUCGGAGAAAUCAGGCAGGCGGUACCACGAAGCAAGCAUCCAUGGAGAUGGCGAAUUCCGCAAAAUGGUUCGUAAGAAACGGGCGUACACCUGCCAACACUGUGGCAAAUCAUUCACAACAAUGCCUUGUCUUAUGGAACACGAAAAUGCACAUCAGGGACUACAAGAGUACAAAUGUGCCAUUUGUGAUAGAUCGUUCGGCUGCCGAGCAAACAUGGAACGACACCAUCGCACACAUACUUCUUUGAAACCACUUCUGUGUAAGAAUUGUAAUGGUAUGUUCAAUUUACAAUCGAAAUACGAGGAACACUUAAAAAUGGGAUGUAAUACAAUGUGCAAUAAUAGUAGCAAUAACAAUUGUGAAUUAUGUCCCUCCAAGUUCAGAAAACACGAUGAAUUGGUUAAACACACGAUGUGUGAUCAUUCUGACGAGCAUCUACAAUUCUUCAAGUGUAAAAUCUGCAAAAAACGUUUCCUCAAGGAAAAACUUUAUCGCAGUCAUAUGGAACGACAUAAACAAAUGUCAAGUAAAAAUAAUCAAUGUCAUGAAUGUGGAAAGAAAUUUGCCACACCGCUUCAUCUAAAAUCCCACGGUAUAAAGCAUACAGAGGUGCGUAGCUUUAUGUGCUCCUGGUGUCCCCAAACGUUCAAGAGGGCGAAUAAUUUACGUCGACAUGAAGAUGUUCACAGGGGAGUGAAAAAUCAUAAAUGCGAUACCUGCGAUAAAAAAUUUGCCCUGCUAAGUACUCUGCAGAAUCAUAAACGUGUCCACACCGGAGAACGGCCAUUCGGUUGUGAACAGUGUGGAAAGUGCUUUUCUGAUCCGAGCACGUUGUAUAGGCAUCGUAAAAAUAUAUGUAAGGAAUACAGCUCGCAAAUGUUGAUCAAUAACGGUGCCGACCAAGUCCUUGCAGUCACUAUGCCUUGUGCCGUUCCCCGUUGCAAUACAAGUGGCCAAUCCAGCUUUGUGCAGUUUCCCCGCAGUCACUUUCUUUAUGAACGAUGGCGGAGUGCCAUAGAACUGGGCACCGGUGAAACUCUUCCGAACAAACCCAAUCCACAGAAAGCAGAAAUUUGUCAGCAACAUUUCGAGCUGACUGCGGCAGAAUGCGAUUAUAUGGAGCCAGUAAUGUUUUUGAACCACAGGACGGGCCAAACAGUCCAUUUAUCUAGCUGCCGACUUUGUCUGAAAUUCCAUCCUGUUGAUACGUUUAUUAGGACCGCUACCGUAGAGUCUAAAAUAGGAAUUGCCCCUUUGGAGGAGAUACUCAAGGUUGGCUUUGGAGUUCAGUUGAGUUGUUCCGAAGGCUUUGGCGGAAUUUGCGAGGGAUGCUUGGUGCGGUUGGACAUGUAUUUAGAGAUGCGUAAACAUUUUUCGCUUGCAGCUAAAAGUUGUAAGAAAAUAAAACUGCUUAUACAAGACGCAGGAUCGUUGCAGUUUAGGAAAAUCAAUAAAACUGAGCCAGAUGUUGUUGCGAUUAGGUGGGAGAUAGUUGAACAGGAAAACUCGACAGCUGAAAAACCUUCAGAUUCGCAGGAAAAACCUAAUUUAGAAAUAGAUAUGUACCAAACGGAGUCUUCCAAGACCAACGAACCUAUUGAGAAGGUACGAAAGCUGCCCAAGAAACGAAAAUAUAAACCUAAAACACCACCGUUCAAAGAACCGAAAGAUCCUACGGCAAUCAAACGGCCACGGAUGUGUCUGAAAAAUCGAGUCAAAGUGAAUCUCAAGAAAUUAAGUGAUCAGAAAUGCUACAUUUGCACUCAACUUUUCGAGACACGGGAACUAUUGUUUCAACACAUGUUGGAACAUGUGGGCUGCACUAUGCACUGCGACAUGUGCAACGAAUCGUUCCCCAACAUCACCAGAUACAACAGACAUUUGGCAAAGCAUGACGAAACAGAACGUCCCAGGAAAUGCGCAUUUUGUGAGCUUCGCUUUCAACAUACACCUGCCUUGCGACGCCACGAGAAUCUGAUCCAUAACGUCCACCAACAGAUGAAGCUACCCAAGUAUGAUCCCUUGAAUCCAGGAAAAAUGUACGCAUGUCAACACUGCGGCAAACUGUGCAAAUCAACAUCGGGUCUACUGGAACAUGAAGACACCCACGCCGGAAUCAAAAGGUUCCAGUGUAAAACCUGCGGUAGACCGUUCCCAACGAAGACCAAUCUGGAACGCCAUUUGCUGAUCCAUACAGACGAGAAACCAUUCAAAUGUGAAAUCUGCGGUCGAGGUUUCCGGCAGUCCCCAUUGCUCAAGGAUCAUCUCCGGCUGCAUACAGGUGAAACUCCUUUCGCAUGCAGCACGUGCCAGUUAAGCUUCAGCACGACGGAUCGGCUGCGGCGACACCAGAUCAAUGUGCACGGUAUGGCUAGGGUAGCCAGGAAAAAACCGGUUGCGACGGUGGUUCAGCCUCAUUCGCAAAUCGUGGACAAUGAUGGAAUGGGUUAAGAUAGGUACGGCGUGUCGUAUUCAUUGGAAGGAUUUAUUAUAUGAACGCGAUGAGCUAAGCUCCAGUACAUGUUUAAUUUUAUUUGUUCAAUAAAAACAUGAAUAUGCAGCAAACGUUUGCUAUAAUUGCA